CGCGUGCAUCUGGUUUCAAAUUUUACCCUGCCUGAAAUUAUUCAAAUUUAAGUUUGCGAAAGUGUUUAGUUUAAAAUUCAGUUCCUUGUGUCAGUUAAUGUAAAAUUUUGAGAAUGAUCGACCAGGAGAAUCUACCGGUUUCGCAAGAGGAAAUCGCCUUCCGGCUUACCGAGCUGGAAUCCACCAUCAGUUCCGCCAACGAUGCAACAGCAGAACCUAGCCACACCGGAAGUGGACCGAACAAUAGCAGUACCAAUAUGUCCGCCGUAGGUGGAUCCGGGGGAGGGAAUUUUUCUAUGAUUUCCGAAAUUUACAAUGAAGAUUAUAUGGUCACACAAAUCAAUGGUUGCCGACAGUACGGGCCACCACGAAACUGGAAAGGAAUGGCUCCCGGAUUUGGAUGCGAGAUUUACGUAAAACGUAUUCCUCCAGAAUUCACGGAACUGGAGCUGGUUCCAUUGUUCCAACAAUUUGGUCGUUUAUAUGAAUUGCGCUUGAUGAUGGAUUAUAAUAACCAGAAUCGGCGUUACUGUUUCGUACGCUUUACCAAUGAGGAAGAUGCCAAAACGGCGAUUGAAGUACUCAAUCAUCACUACGUUAAAGACAAUCAGACGCUGGAGGUCCAAAAGUCUUUCGAGAAAUGUCGGCUGUUCGUCGGAAACCUUCCCAAGGACUUGGAUCGUAAAACUAUCGAAGUUUCCUUCCGGUCUCUCUUCCCAGAAAUGACUCGUUUUGUAAUGCAUAAUCGCAUCGCUGAUGGGGAGAAAAACCGUGGAUUUGCUUUUAUGGAUUUUCCGGAUCACGCCGCUGCCCUGCGGGCUAAGAAGCAAACCACACCGGGAUGUAUGAGAAUGUGGGACCGAGACAUCAAAAUCGUGUGGGCCAAUCCACAGCGAUCGCUGGAUCACUCGGGGGUGGACGAGGUUAAAACGCUGUUUGUCCGAAACAUCGAUCUAACCGUCAACACCAAGGAUUUGUAUAGCCUUUUUUCCCGGCUUGUACCGCGACAGCACAUCAUCAAAGUGUCCCGGGUACGGGAGUUUUGUUUCGUCGAGUUUGCUACCCGGGAACAGGCCGAUCUGGUGAUGCACACCAUCCAAGGCUACGUGCUCAACAAGUUCCCUCUGGACAUAGAAUGGGCGAUGCCGCCACUCAGACCCACCUGCAGGAACUCGUUCCACAACAUGAAAAAUUACGACUUUGAUUCGCUGCUCCGGAUCAAGUGCAUUGCCAACGGAUGGGACCUGCCGAUUAUUUUGUACGGACGAGUUUUUGCCCUCAGUCAGCUACAGUAUGCAGCGGUGGUUAUCCGAAACUGCUCCCGAGUGCACGCUUACUUCAUCGAAAUCUCGCUGCAUGGUCUGGCGGAUGUGCAGAGCCGCCUUUGCGAAGCCAUCAGCAUUCUCAUCGACGAAGCCGGUGUCUUGCCGGAACCGAAUCUGGUUUUGAAGAUAACCAACGACCAUAUGAUACAUGUUGGAUCAGUUCAAUCGCUGGCGCAGCCUCUUUUGAACGUAGCGCGCGAUGCAGAUCUUUCGAUCAAUCUAUUUUGGAAUGAAAUCUUCGACUUGUGCGUGGCUGUCAACGUCUUGGUAAAAUACACUUUCGAUGAACUGUAUACCAUGUACCGCCAGGAAUUGGAAACAGGAGAACCAUUCUCAUACUUACAGUCGCUUGAACUGAACGACCGCAUUCUUGGCUGUUUGAAUCAAAAUUUCCGUCGUCGACCUGCUCUGAACAAAAAAUUGGACAACCGAGAAAUACUGUUCGUAUUGUGUGAUCAAUACACGCUGACAAACUAUAAUUUCACGAAGAAAAGCAACUUUAUCGAUGUCACCCUGGGAAUGAUGGAACAAGUCGGGACCAGUCCAUUCCCAUACAAAAUUAUGCCGAUGUUCCCGCUACAGUACGUUCAAUCGCCUGGUGGUCGUGAAAUCAAAAUCGGCGCUGUAUAUUUCGGAUUGAAUCCAUACUCGAACACGCAGGUUCCAGGCGAGGUAGCCCUCUGCAUGGUACCUCAGAAUCAAUUCCAAAACUUCCAGCCGAUUAUUCCGCCGCAGCAACAACAUCAACAGUUUGCCGUGGCACGAGCCCCGAUCCAAUCCAAUUACUGCAUUCCUCCACCCCCGAAUCAUUUACCUCCGCAGAUCUUCGCUGCCAACUACCCAUCAACAGCAACAGUUCAUGGUCAAGGUAUGCAACCGAGUUACUUCGGCGAAGCUCAGCUAAUGGCUCAAGCCAUGCAACAGUUACGAAUUCCUGGGACGCCUAUGCCGCAAACCUUCUUCGGUCAUCCGGAAUCGAUGCGAGGAGGUGGUUCACAAGCGCCGCCCGGUGCCCUCAUGCCACCGCCAUAUUUUUAUUGAUUUUUUUUUCUACCUUGGUCGUAAGCAGCUGUUUUAAAUUAGAGACGAUAGUGCAUUAGGGAAUGUCUUUUUAAGCACUUAUGGUAAGGCAAAAUUGGACCAGUUUUUUUAAACCGUUGAUUUUGAUAUGACUUUCGUAAUUAUUUUGGUAUCAUGAAGAUUGAUUUACGUUUUUAAAAACUUUUAAUUCCAUUGUUUGGGUAGUUAGAGUUGGAUCCUAUAUGAAGAUUCUUCAGACUUCA